AUUCGAUACGUGAGGUAGGAAAGCCAAUUAGAGAAGUCGCGUCCGAAAUAGCCUACUAAUGAGAAGUAACCUAAUGCUACGGUUGUUGUUUUGAACAUUGGGCACUAAAACUGCCACAAGAUCUGCAAUGCCAUUCGCUUCCAUACGCAUUUAAAUUAUAUUCCUACAUUUGUAACGUAAAAGUAGAAUAUAUUCUAGCGGUUGAUCGGUGAGAUCGUGUUUACGUCGAUGCAAAAGCCAUGCUGUCAGAGAUUUUGGCUCUUUCCUCUAAAGUGGGAGGAUCUUUGUGCUUUUGAGUCACGCAGCUGUCAAAGAUAGCUGUCACCCAGUUUCAUGAUCAAACACACAUUGAAUGAGAAAGGUUUCGCCAAGUCGAGCAGCGGAUUUCAGGUAGCUUACUCCUUGGUUAAAGUACUACGUCUCAAACAAAUGAAAAAGCCGACGAACGGUUCUACAAACGAAAAUAAAUCAAUGAACAAAACCAUUUGGAAUAUACGUGUGGAAUAUCCCGAGAAAAAGAUUUGCCACUAAAGGAAUAGAAUUCGAGAGAGAAAAAAAGGCUACUGCGCUCCUCUCGUGGCCAACGUGAAAAGGGGAUUUUUGACGGACAUGAAGACAAAAAAGGGCAUGAUGACGUUAUCUGGUAGUGAGACGGACGACGAGGACAGCAUGGACGCCCCCCUGGACCUGUCAUCCAGCACAGGAGGUAGCAGUGGGAAGAGGAAGAGGCGCGGGAAUCUACCCAAGGAGUCAGUGCAGAUCCUCAGGGACUGGCUCUACGAGCAUCGCUACAACGCUUACCCCUCUGAACAGGAGAAAGCCCUGCUCUCAAAGCAGACGCAGCUCUCCACACUACAGGUGUGCAACUGGUUCAUCAACGCGCGUCGUCGGCUCCUCCCGGAGAUGCUGCGGAAAGACGGUAAAGACCCCAACCAGUUCACCAUCUCCCGGAAGGGCCGCAAGGGAGACGACGGGGGCUUCUCUGAAUCCAGCUCCCAGUCACCCAAGCACGCCACAGCCGCCACGGGCCCCGAGGACAGCUACGACCAGCGGGCACUGCACCCCUCAAGCUUCGAGGCAGGCCUCCCUAGCCCCAGCGUCCUGCAGAAGGCCAUAUCAUCCCCUAAGAUGUCACCUUCCUCCUCACCGGGGCCCGCCACCACAGUGCCCCGCCGGCCCUCCGUCAUCCGUCACACCACUGUCAACUCCACUGUGAUGCAGAAGCAGGGCUCCAGCCCUCCCUCCUCACUCUCCUACUUCCUCUCCAGCAGUAAAACAGACCACAGUAGAGCUGCAGAGCUGCUGCGUUCCACCACAGAGGCUCUGGUGCUCUUCAGAUGCCAGGAGGAAGGGCUGGGAGCCCCUGCAGUGACCACCACCACAGAGGGUAACCUGAGCCCCCAGAGUGGGCUCUUCAAUACCCCUCCCCCCACCCCUCCAGACCUCACCCAGGACUUCAGCGGCUUCCAGCUCCUAGUGGAUGUGGCCCUCAAGCGGGCGGCAGAGAUGGAGCUGCAGGCGAAACAACUGGUGUCUUAAAGAGAAAGUGGAGGGAAAGAUGUUGUCCCUAACGGAACUCCUAGCAUGAGUUUUAGUGGCUGCGUAACAAACACAAAAUGCCUGAUUAUUUCUAUUUUUGGUAUACAAAUCAUAAAUGAGGAUUGUUUUUGUACAAAACUGUAUCAAGGUGCCUUGGCUGUUAGUUAUUUUUUACUUUGUCAUAUAUGCGUGUAUGUAAGUAUCUGUGUGUCUUUUGCAGACGGGACCAAAAAAAUAUUGACACACAAAAAACCCACUUUCUGUCUUAACUUUUUCCUAUGGAUUUUAGUAGAGCAAGGCAUGAGGGCGUACAAGUGUUCUGCGGAUGAGACAAGAGGGUGGUUCUCUUCUCCUCCACACAGAUCCAAUCCCCCGUGAUAGGAUAUGUAGUUUCCAGAUGUGUUUUUACAUUUCAGAGAUAAGUUUGCGAUGGCUCCCACUCGGACUUUCGCACAAUAGGGCCGAGUUAGGGUCCCCAUCUCAUCUCAGUGUCUUAAAGCAUACUUUGUUCUUGGCAUCGAUGAUUGAUCAACGUUAUCACUACUGUAGUAAUAAGUGUUCCGUGUUUUUUUUCAUGAUAAGGUUAUAGUUUUCUUAUCCUUCAUUUGAUAUUUUAAAAGAAAGUAAACCUCUCUUUUUGGUUUUGAUAAAGCGGUUUCCUAUACCAAGGGAUCAUUCAGAUGAACAAUGUAGCAGGUUCCUAGUCCGAGCCUUCCUCCUCACUGCGUGGCUACCCCAAAUGGCACCCUAUUCCCGAUUUUAUAGUGCACUAUAUCGGGAAUAGGGUACAAUUUGGGACAUGCCACGUAGCGACGGCCAGGGAAUUUCAAUUGUAAGAAAAACACUAAGAUUUUGUUUUUUUCAUUUGUGAUGUCACCAGCAGCAGGACCAGUAGACCAUUUUCUAAAUCACCAAAAAGCGUUUUAUGUACACAAAAAGGACCAUGUUUAUGUAUAGCUAAUGUGACACAAUGCCCAAUGAUGUGAUUUCUUUUCAUACUGUGCAAUGUUUGUGGCAAAUAGGGGUCACAUAUGGGAUUUAAAUAAAGUUUUGUUUUCUACAUA